GAAUACUACCGUAGAUGAUCUUGAAAGGUGCAAGAUCUACGAUUGGGUUAAGGGCGUCGAGGUAAUCGCUGAAGGUUUUAUGGGUUCGACUGACCCAUAUGAGAUGGUGAACAAUGUUCCUUUGGGUCCGAAUGCUGUAGUUAUGAGAGUUGCUAAGGUGAUUAAUGGGAAAGCUUUUCUAUGGAGGCCAACAAGUGACAUGACAACAAUGAGUGAUGCUGUUAAUGAAAAGAUCGCAUGGCCGCUCCAUAAUGUAUCAGUAAUUAAAGUUCCUGAAGAUGAAGGGGAAGCUAGUGUCAGAAGGCCUUCAUUGAGUCCAAGUGGCAGCACUAGUUCCACCCGUUCAGGUGGUAAAGAAGUGUGCAUCUUGUUGGACCACAACAACUCAGGACGGAAAGUCGCAGAAGGCAGAGUAAGUAGUACUGAUCCAUUGUGUUUAGUCCAUCACGUCCCGUUAGGUCCAAUGCAAGUCGGGUCUGGGUUGAAGUGGCCUUGA